GACGGAACGCCUCUUUCAACAGCAGCAACAGACAGUCAGCCACCUCUGUAGCUUGCUAGACAAGAUAGAUCAACCAAUAAAGCUCUGUAGACGCUUUAGUGUAUAUUUGCCACUGUAUUUUAAAUCCACUUCUGUCGCCUAGUUAGUUAUCCGUUUUAAUUUCAUAUUUACGGUAUUGUUUUUAUUAUUCAUCUAGCGGGCUGGUUAAGUUAGCAUUAGCCUAGCUAGCUAACAUCUCCAACCAUGAGGUCACUAAGCUACUCUCUUAAUGAAGAGGAGGUCUGCUGGACGGAGAAAGAAGCUCUCGUCAAAGAGGAGGAGGAAGAGAAGGAUAUCACAGUAAAACAAGAAGCAGAGGGUGAGGCUGUUACAGUGAAAGAAGAAGAGAAAGACGUUUCAGUGAAAGAAGAGGAAGACGCGUUCAGAUUGAAAGAGGAAGAGGAUGUUACAGUAAAAGAAGAGGAGGAAGAGAAAGAGGAGGGUGCAGUUUUUGGAGUGAAGGAGGAGGAGAGGGAGAUGACUGUCACAUUGAAAAAGGAGAUGGAAGAAGAGGAGGAAACUGGAUUUCUGGACUCGGUUUCCCAAACGCAUCUUAAGGCAUCCGAUGGUUCUAACGAUGAACGGGCCCUGGUUAACACAAGAGAGAUACGGGACUAUCGUGGAUCCUCUGGGGAGCCUCAACAACAACAUGAGGCUGAAGAGGCAGAGAAGAGUCUCUCCACAUCAGAACACCUCAAGAAACACCAGUGGAGACCCACAGGGAAGAAAUCUCACCACUGCUCUGACUGUGGGAAGAGAUUCACCUCAUCAGGCAUUAAAAUUCAUCAGAGAAUCCACACAGGAGAGAAAGCUUAUAUCUGUGGUCAAUGUGGGAAGAGAUUCACCUCAUCAGUAAAACUUAAAAUACAUCAAAGACAUCACACACGAGAGAAACCAUAUGGCUGUGCUCAAUGUGGGAAGAGUUUUACUACAUCUAGCUAUCUAAAUAUACACCAGAGAAUACACACAGGAGAGAAACCUUAUAGCUGUGGUCAUUGUGGGAAGAGUUUUACUACAUCUAGCAAUCUGACAUUACACCAGAGAACACACACAGGAGAGAAAUCUUAUAGCUGUGAUCAAUGUGGGAAGAGUUUUACUACAUCUAGCUAUCUAAAUAUACACCAGAGAAUACACACAGGAGAGAAACCUUAUAGCUGUGGUCAAUGUGGGAAGAGUUUUACUACAUCUAGCUAUCUAAAUACACACCAGAGAAUACACACAGGAGAGAAACCUUAUAGCUGUGAUCAAUGUGGGAAGAGUUUUAGUCGAUCUGGCUAUCUAACUAAACACCAUAGAACACACACAGGAGAGAAACCUUAUAGCUGUAGUCAAUGUGGGAAGAGUUUUAGUCGAUCUGACUAUCUAACUAUACACCAUAGAACACACACAGGAGAGAAAAGAUAUAGCUGUGAUCAAUGUGGGAAGAGUUUUAGUCGAUCUGGCUAUCUAACUAUACACCAUAGAACACACACAGGAGAGAAACCAUAUAGCUGUGGUCAAUGUGGGAAGAGUUUUUCCACUUCUAGAAAUCUAACUAUACACCAUAGAACACACACAGGAGAGAAACCUUAUAGCUGUGGUCAAUGUGGGAAGAGUUUUUCUUCUUCUGGCUAUCUAACUAUACACCAUAGAACACACACAGGAGAGAAUCCGCGCUGUGAUCAAUGUGGGAAGAGUUUUUCUUCUUCUUGCUAUCUAACUAUACACCAGAGAACACACACAGGAGAGAAAUCUUAUAGCUGUGGUCAAUGCGGGAAGAGUUUUAGUCAAUCUGGCCAUCUGACAGUUCACCAGAGAACACACACAGGAGAGAAAACGUAUAGCUGUGGUCAAUUUGGGAAGAGUUUUUCUUCUUCUGGCUAUCUAACUAUACACCAGAGAACACACACAGGAGAGAAAUCUUAUAGCUGUGGUCAAUGUGGGAAGAGUUUUAGUCAAUCUGGAGAUCUGACAGUGCACCAGAGAACACACACAGAAGAGAUUCUGCGCUGUGAUCAAUGUGGGAAGAGUUUUUCUACUUUUAGACAUCUAACUAUACACCAGAGAACACACACAGGAGAGAAACCUCUUAGCUGUGACCAGAGAUAAUCUGAUAAAAGAUCUCUGAUCAAAUAUCAGAAAAUGUGUAUAUGAAGGAGUUGUUUCAUGAUAUCAAUGAAUUAAUGUCACAAUGUAGAAUGUUUUAACAUUGUAGUAGGAGUGUUUUAAUGUCUCAAUGUAGAAUGUUUCAAUAUAUAGUAUAUUAAUAUACUCUGCAGUCAGUCAGUCAGUCAGAAUGUCACAAUGUAGAACCCUAAACGUUUGCCCCCUUAUAAAUUGGUUUCAACAUGAUAUGGAUAUUAGGCUCAUUGGGGGAAAUCCAGGCUCUGAAUUAAAAGAGUAUUAUUUAUGCGAUUUAACACAAAGUGACUAACAAAAAAAGAGUUGUCCUCUAACCAGUGAUGUACACAUUAUUUCCAGAAUCAACUUAUUUCAACAUGAUAUCGAUGAGUUAUGACAAAUAAGUGUUGUGUUCCUUUGUUUAGCUACCCCUAAAUUUAAAUGCAUCACUCCAAUAUGUAGCUGACUGUCUUCUGCAGGUUGUCCUCUAACCAGUGAGCUAAAAGAUAUCUCCCAUUUCCAUGUUUUUCUUUUGUUGUUAGUUUCAACAGCACGUACAACCUGAUUUCCCCCCUAAUCGAUAUCAGUGAUUUAUUGCUACUUGUCAAAACAACAGCGUUUCUGGUGCUUGUGCAGUUUAUAAGGAGAUUGUUUUAACAAAAGACAAUUAUUGUGGCAGAUGUUUGUGUAUAUACCACAUGUUAGGUUUUCAAUUUAUCCCAAACUGUUUCUGCAUAUUGGUUAUUGAUUUGGACACGUUAAAACUG